UGUACAACAGCCCUGACAAGUAUCCUGCGCUUAUCUACCGUGCGUUCUCGACAGGACGAACUCUGUGCUGUCGCCACCAUCCCCAAACCACGGCUGCGAGUGAUAUAACAGCAGAGAGGUGUUCAAAAUAACGCCUAAAGGUUUUCUUUCAAGAAGAUAAGAAGAACGUUCACUUGGAAAAUGUUACCUGGAAUUCUAGGAGUCUUCCACGUCGCCCUGUUAAGUCUGGUAUGCGGUGCCGCAUCGGAGAGAAAGGUGUGCCAGGGAACGAACAACAAACUAAGUCUUCUGGCCCAAGCAGAUGACCACUACGAGGCACUAGUGAGGAUGUACAGAAACUGCACCGUGGUGCUGAAGAAUCUGGAGAUCACCCAUAUAAGAGAGAACUAUGACCUCUCUUUCCUCAGGAGCAUUGAAGAAGUUGGUGGUUAUGUGCUCAUAGCGAUCAAUUAUGUGGAUGUCAUACCCUUGGAAAACCUUCGUCUAAUUCGAGGACACUCCCUUUAUGAAGGCAAAUUUGCCUUGGCGGUGAUGGCCAAUUAUGACAAAAACAGCUCGACUGUUGACAUCAGCAAUCCCAGAGGACUUAGGGAACUUCCUCUGCGGAGCUUAAGAGAGAUUCUGAGAGGAGGAGUAAGCAUUGCCCAUAACCGCUGGCUGUGUAACAUAGAAACAAUUCAAUGGCUAGACAUUGUGAGCAAGGAGAGUAGCAGUACAGUGAUCAUUGAAGGAAGCACUGACCCUAAAUGUAAACAGUGUGACGCAGGUUGCUAUAAUGGAUCAUGUUGGGCAGGAGGACCAGAAAACUGUCAAAUCUUGACCAAGCUUAACUGUGCAGAGCAGUGUUCGCAUAGAUGCAAGGGACCCAAGCCCAGUGACUGCUGCAAUGAACAUUGUGCUGCUGGUUGCACUGGACCCAGGCCCACAGACUGCCUGGCCUGCAGGGACUUCAAUGAUGAUGGAACGUGUAAAGACGCGUGUCCUCGUCUGAUGACAUAUAAUGCAAACACUCAUCAACUUGAAGUAAACCCAGCGGGGAAAUUCAGCUUUGGAGCCACCUGCGUGAAGAACUGCCCGCAUAACUAUGUAGUGACAGAUCAUGGAGCUUGUGUCCGCACCUGUGGUGACAACACACAUGAAGUGGAGGAGAACGGAAUUAGAAAAUGCAAGAGCUGUAAUGGACCCUGUCCAAAAGAUUGCAGUGGACUUGGAACAGGGAAACUUGUUGGAGUCAUGUCAGUCAACGCAACUAACAUUGAUACCUUUAAAGAUUGCACCAAAAUAAAUGGAGACAUCUCAAUAUUUGGAACUACAUUUAAUGGGGAUCCCUAUACAAAAACACCUAAAAUGGACCCUGCUAAACUGGAUUAUUUUAAGACCGUUAAGGAAAUUACAGGGUUUCUGCUGAUACAGGCUUGGCCAGAAAACCUCACUUCAUUGAGUCCGUUUGAAAAUCUGGAGAUCAUCAGAGGCAGAACCAAGCAACAUGGCAGAGUCAGUUUUGCAGUUCUGAACAUUCCAAACCUACAGUAUCUAGGCCUCCGUUCUCUGAAAGAGAUCAGUGAUGGUGAUGUGGUCUUAAAGAACAACCCCAAGCUCUGCUACACUGAUGGCAUCUACUGGCAGAACCUCUUCAGAUCUGACAAACAGAACAUACAAACUAGAAACAUUUCAGCUACCAGUGCCUGUGAGUUCCAAAAAAGUAUCUGCGAUGGAAUGUGCACUGAGGAAGGCUGCUGGGGUCCAGGACCCUCCAUGUGCUUCUCCUGUAGGCGUGUCAGCCGUCGAGGGAGCUGUGUGAAUGCCUGCAAUCUGCUUGAAGGAGCGCCUCGUGAGUACAUGUCCAACCACACCUGUUUGGAAUGUGACCAAGAGUGCAAGAUUCUCAAUGGAACCCCAACUUGUCAUGGACUAGGAGCUGAUCAGUGCAUUGAAUGUGCCCACUUUAAAGACGGCUCCCAUUGUGUUUCCCAAUGUGCCCAUGGUGUACCUGGCAUGAAUGACAGACUCGUCUGGACCUACCCCAACAAAAAUAGAGAGUGUCAGCCAUGUCAUCCUAACUGCACCCAAGGGUGCAGUGGACCUGGACUGGAGGGAUGUGAACCACAAAGCUCACACACGUCCUUGGUUGCAUCAGGUGUUGUGGGAGGACUGCUGCUAGUUGUCGUGGUUCUCUUUUGCAUCUUCAUUCUGUUGCGCCGAAGACGCAUCCGCCGAAAGAGGACACUGCGCCGCCUACUGCAGGAAAGAGAGUUGGUGGAACCUUUGACUCCAAGUGGUGAGGCACCAAAUCAGGCCCUCCUCCGCAUCCUGAAAGAGACGGAAUUAAAGAAAGUCAAAGUUCUUGGAUCGGGGGCAUUUGGCACAGUCUUUAAGGGUUUGUGGAUUCCAGAAGGCGAGGAUGUGAAGAUUCCAGUUGCUAUUAAAGUUCUCAGAGAAGUCACCUCUCCUAAAGCUAACAAAGAAAUUCUGGAUGAGGCCUAUGUUAUGGCCAGCGUGGACCAUCCACAUGUGUGCCGCCUAUUGGGAAUAUGCCUGACAUCAACAGUACAGCUUAUAACCCAGAUUAUGCCUUUUGGCUGUCUGCUAGAUUACGUCCGAGAAAAUAGAAACAACAUUGGCUCACAGAAUUUGCUCAACUGGUGUGUGCAGAUAGCAAAGGGCAUGAAUUACUUAGAGGAGCAUCGACUUGUCCAUCGUGACUUAGCAGCCAGGAAUGUGCUGGUGAAGACACCCAAUCAUGUGAAGAUCACUGACUUUGGCCUGGCCAAGCUCCUUAGUGCUGACGAGAAAGAGUACCAUGCAGAUGGAGGAAAGGUUCCCAUAAAAUGGAUGGCUCUAGAGUCCAUUCUUCACGGGACGUACACACAUCAGAGUGAUGUCUGGAGUUACGGGGUAACUGUGUGGGAACUCAUGACAUUCGGAGCAAAGCCCUAUGAUGAAAUUCCGGCGAGUGAGAUCGCAGAUGUUCUGGAGAAAGGAGAGCGUUUACCGCAGCCUUCCAUAUGCACUAUAGAUGUCUACAUGAUCAUGGUCAAAUGUUGGAUGAUAGAUGCAGACAGCAGACCUUGCUUUCGUGAGCUUGUUGCAGAGUUCUCAAAAAUGGCUCGAGAUCCACCGCGCUACCUUGUAAUUCAGGGAGAUGAGCAAAUGCACCAGCCCAGUCCCACAGAUACUAACCUGUAUCACACCCUGCUCAGUACAGAGGACAUGGGGGAUGUAGUUGAUGCAGAAGAGUACUUGCUGCCUUGCAAAGCCUUCUUCAACAGUUCACAAUCGCAUACUUCACCGCAUCAAAACUCAACUGAGGUGCAUGGGAAUGGUAUGAUUCUGCGGUACAUCACCGAUCCAACACACGGCUGUCUGGAUAUAGACCAACUGCCAGAGUACAUCAACCAGGACAUGACCACACACAGUGACAGGGUGAACCACAACUAUGAGAACGCCAUGCCUAGGGAAAAAUACAUAGGCACGUCUCGCAGUAUACCAGAGAGGUCAAAGUUCCUGAACAAGUCACUGAGUACUGCCCCAGUUUCCCGCGGUGCCAGUCUGGACAACCCAGAAUACCAGCAUGACGUCCUUCACAGGCAAACUUCUGACAGUCUCUUCCUUCCCGCAGCGGAGAACUUGGGUUAUCUAGGUCUUUCUACAGCUGUGCAGGCCCCAGGGCAUUAGAGACAGUUGAUGUGGGAAUGUUGUAUGAACUCAAAACAAUUCAGGACCUGCAUAAAGCCUGUUUCAGCAAUAAUUUCAAGGACACCAACACCAAACACAUUUAUAGUUUCCCCACCACCCUGAACUUCUGCACGUAUUCUUUUUCUUUUUUCAGUCAGGCUGUUUUUUUUUCCAAAUAGGGAAAACACAAGGGUUACAAGGUCACUGAACUAUUUUCACUGCAUUCAUCACAAGCACUAACCAUUUUUUUGUGACUGGACAGAGUUUUUCAGCUGUUGGCCACUUCAGCUAUACAUUUAUGUUUUCAGAAUUACUCAGGGUGCACUCCAGGUGAGCACAUGACCCACAUAAACUUGAUUGAAACAAUGGACAUUGUGUGGUUGCAGUUUUAAUAUAAAAGGCCAGUCACUGCUUUUCCUCUCUCCUCAGCAACUCGACUGACCUCUUUUACCAGAAAGUGUGGUGCAUGUAUGCACUUAUCCAAUGUUUUCUUUUAAUUUUUAAACGUAUUAAUACAAUGCAUUGUUAAAUUUUAAUUCCUUCCAGGUUGAGUCCAGUCAGUAAAUCAGUAUUGAAGCGUCUGAAAUCAAACAUCAGCCAUAAUGUAAUAUUUAAUAUUGCAUGCUCAAUUAUUCAUGCACUUUGUUUUUCCCCUUAACAGCACAAACAGAAAAAAUAGACUGAAUGUUUAAGUCUCAGCAUUGUAUUCACAAGUUGGUGUGUUGUGCCCAGGUCUACAGAAAGGUGAAAUUGUUUAAAAUUCACAAAAUGUUGUUUACAUUACUUCUAACCCUGCAGUAUUUAUAAAAUAUGCACCAUGGAGGAGACUAAUGCUGUGGUCGCACAAAUGUGAAUUAACUAAUGUCAUCUAACAUGUAAAAAGAAUUAACAGUAGUUACUUCUAAUAAAGUUUUUCUUUUUGUCCAGACUUUUAA